UGCCCCCACAGCUCUUUCUGCUGGAAGAGACGAGGGAGCGCAAGUUUGACGGCUACGCCAGGACCAUCCAGAGAGCCUGGAGGAAAUAUGUGGCCCGCAAGAAGUACGUCCAGAUGAGGGAGGAAGCUUCUGACCUGCUGGUGAAUCGAAAGGAGAGGCGGCGACACAGCCUCAACAGAAACUUUGUAGGAGACUACCUGGGCAUGGAUGACAGGCCCGAGCUGCGGCAGUUUCUGGGAAAGAGAGAAAAGAUCGACUUUGCGGACAAAGUCACAAAAUAUGACCGUCGCUUCAAGGGAAUCAAGAGAGACUUGAUCCUGACGCCAAAGUCUGUGUACCUGAUUGGAAGAGAGAAGGUGAAGCAGGGACCAGAGAAAGGGCAGGUGACCGAGGUGCUGAAGAGGCAGAUUGAGGUGGAGAAGAUCUUGGCGGUUUCACUCAGCACGAUGCAGGACGACUUCCUGAUCCUACACGAGCAGGAGUACGACAGCCUGCUGGAGUGCGUCUUCAAGACCGAGUUCAUCAGCUUACUGUCCCGCAGGUUUGAGGAGAAAACUCAGAGGAAGCUACCACUCAAGUUUACUAACACACUGGAGUUGAAACUGAAGAAGGAGAACUGGGGCUUCUUGAGUGGCGGCGCCGGCUCCCGGCAGGUCCUGUUUGUCCAGGGUCAGGGACACGUUCCCGUCCUGAAGCCGUCCAGCAAAUCCUUGCAGGUCAGCAUAGGCCCCGGGCUUCCCAAGAACACACGCCCCACCAGGAAGAGCUUCACUCAGAGCCGCACAAACAUGUCCAGAACCCACCAGAACAUCCCGUCGCGGGCUGCACCAGGACCUCCAGGCUCUCACCAGAAUGGUGGCCUGAAAACCACCAACCACAUAGCCAAUCAGAGGAACUCGCAGCAUCACAGCCAGAGGCCUCCGGCGUCCGGCAACGCAACGCGCCCCUUCCUGCCGAGCAACAUCAACCAGCUGAAGGAGCGAGACGGCAGCCGACCGCAGCCGAACCUCGACUGUCUGAGAGUUCCUGAUCAAGGAGCUGCAGGGUGAGAAACCCAAAACACACACACACACACACAGUACACGCAGGAGUAGAUCAAAAAUAACACACACACACACUACAACGUGUUAGUGCUAUGAGGAUGGGCCAUAUUAGGUUGAAUUCAACUUGUUCAACCCUUCACACUGCAGCAGAAGUUCGUCAUAUCUCUUUUGGUUGGUUUCAUCGUGUGAAAACUCUUUGCUGUUCUCUCUGUAUGUUGUAAACAGUUUGGUUAAAAUCCUCAGAGCAGGUGAUUCGGCCUCUUUGGAGAUGUUGUGUAACUUUGUGUAGUUCAAGUUCAUAUGUUCAUCUCACAGCUCUGGAAUAGAAAUCUUACACUUAAGACCUGAAAAUAAAAAGUGUUGUGAGUGAUACAAAGCUGAUCAUAAGCAACAAAGCUAAACGUCAAGGAGCAAGUUUAGUUUCCAUUGGUUCAAAGAGCAACAUGUUGGAUCUUUGGUGAGACCAGACCCCUUUUCUCUUUCCAGUUUAUUUCAAUUAUCUCAUAUAUCAACUCAUCAGCAGAAAAAUGCUGUUUAAUGUCCCUAAACCUAAUAC